AUGGACGACAUCUCACCGCCAUCCCGCCGCACCCAACAAGCCGACUCAGAAGCGCCUCUCCCCCUCAAGCGCGCCCCAAACUUCGCAUCCUGCGACCCCAAAGAGGCCCCAAACCCCCUCAUCGCCUACCUCUCCCUCGCCGCCCGCGCCUUCGUCGGCAGCCCCGGCCUCACCCCGACGGGCCCCACCCGCUUCCGCUACCACAACCCUCUCAACAACCGCUGGCGGGCGGCGGCGGGGGAUUGGGACCAGGAGAUGAGGGAGAAGACGGGGGCGAUUGUAGGGAUGUUGGCGGAGAGGCAUCCGGAUGGGGGGCCGGGGGUGGAUGCGGAUUGGGUGGGGAAGGUGAGGAAGGCGUAUCGGAUGCUGGUGCUGGAGGAGGAGUAG